AUGGCUCGAAAACCAUUAUUUGAGGUCAUUUGGCAAUCCAUGACGGCUUCAAAUGCAUGGUUGGUUUUUGCGGCAGCUGUUGGUGCCGUUUCUUUUUACGUGUUUUUGCUGAAAAGUGCACCAAGGGGUAAUGGACGAGUGACGCCAUCCAUUUCCAAUUCAAAGGAUGGUAAGCCAUCUCUUCUUAAUAGGAUGCGGCAGCAGCAGUUUAAGGGGCACCGUGUAUGCAUUGCCUGGGAGGUUCUCGCUGAACAAGGUCAAUGGCGAGAUCACGCCAAGGAGGCCCUGGUGGUGUUUGCUGUUGAUAUGGAAGUAUAUCUGAUGUGCAGAGUUAAUUGCAAACAAGAGAAAAAUGAGGUCCUCGAAAUGUUAACGGGGAUAAGCGGUCUUGUUCGACACCGGAUCCUUUUUUGUGAGACAGCAAAGGGGUAUGAGUCAUUCUGUCGACAGAUAAAACCUGCCCUUGUAGUGAUACAAAAUGAGGUACAAGCUUCAUUCUUGAGCACAGUUCUUCCAAAUGUCGUUCUUGUGGGUGCAAAUGUUCCAGGAAGCACCGUCACUUGCAUCUCUUCCAUUUAUGAUUUAUUACUUCAAUACGCCGCAUGA